ACAUCUUUACUCUCUGCGUGGCUGGGUUCUACUUGGUAAGUUUCAGCUGUUAGUUUAUCACUUACCAUAAUUUAAUAUGGUCAUGAAGAACGCAGCUCGUGACGGCGUGUAUAAAGUUCAACCAAUUUCGUUUUAUGAAUUCUGUUUAAUCGCUUCUAAAUUUACUGAAUAAUAGAUCUACUCGACCGAACUAUGUCGCCUGCUUUCGCUUUUGUGAAUGCCAAACAUGGAAGUAUUGUCGAAAUCAAAUUAUCUUGGUUGAAGCUCGCUUAUUUCCUGGGUGACCUGAAACAAACUGAUGUUUUGGUUUCGUUCAGAAGGUGUAAUCUUUUUACUUCUUUUGAAGCUUAUAGAUCGUAAGAAUAGCUACAAAAGCUAAUUCUCAACUUUCGCUCUCGAGAUAAGCGGCGUUGGCUAAUGGGCUUGUUUGAAGAUGGCAAUGCAAACAGUCAGAUAAGGGUUUACUCUAUUCGUGAUCUUUGUAUUAUUUCUAAUACUUUAUUACUUUUCUUAGAGCACGUAAAUUGUUGUACUGGUGUUGAUUUUCUACUGUUAUAAUAACAAUGAUAAAGAGGUUUCGGUUUUUGUAGAGAGUGAAAGUUUGUCCGAAAGCAGAUUCCUUUUAGUCUUCACUGGUUGCUUUAUAAUUGUAUUGCUACAUGGAAGAGAAUCGCCGAAGACGUCAAUUCACGAGAUCAAGUUUCUCGCAGCCAAUAUGUUAAAGAACAACAACUCGCGGUCAAAGGUGGUUGUGUCAUAGGACCUGGCAACGAAGUGUUACUUCAACGUGUGUGGUUUUCGGUUAGACUACUGGUAUCGCACGGCCGCAAACGUGAAUGUUACGUGCAAGCCGAAGGAGGCGAGUUCACACGCUGUAUAGUUCCCCUUCAGAAUCAACUUCCUUAGCUCCCUCUCUCGAGUAAUCUACUUGACAAAACGAAUAAGCCAAGGACUGCCAGCAGUCUACUUUUUUUUUUUCUCUGUGAGCAGCUCUAAAUAUGAAAAUUAAAACGUCUUAGAUGGCGAUGACGACAAAUGUUAAACUGCGUGGUCAACUAGUUAAUUACGCGAAGGCCUUACGUAAUUAUAUUAAAAGCCACACGGAAAUACCUCGUCAUGCUUCCACGGCAACGGCUUCUCUUCAAGCAGCUGCUAAUUUGUUGGUUUAUUCUUUCUCUCCUGUUUUAAUUCUUGUUAAUCUCUUUUAUUUUUGUCCCUCUUAGGAUCAUUUUUUACAUCAGUCCAACCAUGAUUUGUGUUGUUGUUGUUGUUGUUGUUGUUGUUGUUGUUCUUUCAGUUAAAAAUGAUAAUUUAUUGCUGUAAAUGCCAGGAAUAAUUGCUUUUGAUGGGUUAUCUAUUUUUAUUUCAUUAAUUGUUCCUUUAGGAAGUUCUACUUGAGUCGAUUAGCGUUUUCGUCUUCUCCUGAAAUGGUUUAGUUUUGACAGGUAGGGAAAUAGAACAUACCGUAUGUAGUAACACUUGAAGCGUAAGGACAGUGUGCUCUUUUGACAAGUUUUAAAACUGAUGUUACAUCGAACUAUUAUACAAAGUAUUUCCAAACUGUAAUAUUUGGCCAUAUACAACAUAUAUUUUGAUGAAUGUCAAAUAUGUGGAAAUUUAACUACUUUUAACUGAGCUAAGAACAAAAAGGCGGGCUGUAGUUAUUUGUGGCUCAUGCAGUCCGAUACUGUUUUUACGUCAACAAUAUCGUCUCGAGUUAGUUGCCUUUGAGACCAUUUCCCGUGACGUCACAUCAUCUGGGUCCCAAUCAGGGGUAGCCUGGGGCAGGAACGCGUGACGAACCCCCUAGGAACGUCUACGUGGGAGGCUAAAUCAGGGGCUGCCCCAACGACGGUUUCCUCCUAAAGUCAAUGAAAACACUUUUUAGAUCUCUAGAACUGCAUUCUAAGCGGCGCUAUAAAAUUGUUAUCUGUUUAUUACUUCAGUCUUCUCAAAAUUACAAGGCCUUAAGUAUCAUUUUUUUUCCUGAAAAUUUUAGGUGCAAAUUGACGUAUACGAAAGUAAGACAUUUUCUGUUUCAAAUCUCCAUCGCAUUUUUGAAUCCAAAAAUUUGCCGGUUUCCUUUUUACUACAAAAAAAGAAAAAAGCCUAACUUGGGAAGGUAAAUGUGAAAACUGUAAUAUUUGGCCAUAUACAACAUAUAUUUGGAUGAAUGUCAAAUAUGGGAAUAUAACUACUUUUAACUGAGCUAAGAACAAAAAGGCGGGUUGUAGUUAUUUGUAGCUCAUGCAGUCCGAUACUUUUUUUACGUCAACAAUAUCGUCUCGAGUUAGUUGACGUUCAGACCGUUUCCGUCACAUUGUCUGGGUCCCAAUUAGACCCCUAGGAACGUCUGCGUGGGAGGCUACAUCAGGGGCUGACCCAACGACGGUUUCCUCCUGAAGACAUUGAAAACACUUUUUAGGCUACCAGAGUAGUUUCAGAUCUCUAGAAUUGCAUUCUAAGUUGCGCUAUAAAAUUGUUAUCUGUUCGUUUCUUCAAGGAAAACCUGAGUCUUUUUAAAAUUACAAGGCCUUGAUUAUUUUCGCGAAAAUUUUAGGUGCAAAUUGACUUAUGCGAAAGUGAGACAUUUUCUGAUUCAAAUCUCCGUCCCAUUUUUGACGUCGCAUUUUUUAAUCCAAAAAUUUAUCGGUUUCUUUUUUUCUGCAAAACUAACUUAGGAAGUUAAAUGUGAAAAUCAAACUUCAGGAAAUUUUAGGGAAUAUAUAUUAGAUAAGCUUCCCAAAUUGUACAUGAAUGGAACGGUCGUCUAGAAACUGUUAGCCGUCCUCAAGUAAUGGAAAUUCUAGGCAAUAUUUGGUUCUCCGAACAGAUAUUUUACAGAAAACAGGCUGUGGGUGCCCCUGAACAAUACGACAGAGCCGAUUACGUAGCCUGCGUAGCAAUCGUUUCCAAUUGAGUUAUGGCGCGAAAGUUAGAGCGGGAGCAAAAAAAAGAAAAAAGGUGGAAGGGGGAGGGGGGAGGAAGAAGAGGAAACGCUUGCCCGCAAACCCCACGAUCCUGGAAAACGCCCCUUGAUAUUUCACGGUUCGGUUCAUUUGUAAAUUGACAGCUCGUCAAAAUAAAAGAAUAACGAAAAGAUUACCCCUGGAUUACCAGAUUUGUAAAAUUACUUUGUUCUCUAAUAGAACACGUUCCAGGCGAUUGCAAAAACUUUAGUAAAAAAGGUUUACGAUAAAAGAAGGUUAAAACUCUGAGCGAUUGCUGCGAAAUUUCUUGCUUUUUAUUGUGUGGCUUUAUCUCUCUGAAACCUUGUCGAAACGUCAAAAAUGAUUUGCCCGGAACAAUUCACUCCGCCUGGUAUAAGUUUUGUAGAGCGGCUGCUCUUCAGCCCGUGUCGAAACGUUCUCUACAAUACAUGCCAAUAAAAUUUCCAAUAAACAAACAGAAUCUUUUUAUUUCAAAAAGCUGACAAAUCGCUUGUCCAUGGCGGCUUUAGCUAGUGUCGAGUACCGAUGUUCUGAUUUACGUUGCUGUUAUCUCCAACAAACAGUCCAUUUUUUCCAGUCAGAUCCGCACGCGGUCGUUCCCAAUAUAUUGGCCUUCCCUAGUCUCCACUGCUCGAUCUCCCAUUAUACUUUAAAGGCUCUGAUCUCAUAAAGCUCCGCACAAACACGAUUCAAAUCAGUCCAAAGCAAUUGUAAUCUGCGACCACAAAUCAGAUAAGACCAGAUCUGUGACGCAAGUAAACAAAGCAUACCUGGUUUGAUUGAUGUUUCGAGUGCUAAGUAAUCAACACUACCAGCACCGCACCAAUCAGAAGCUGCGUUCGUGGGCGAACGCAGUUUUUCAAAAUCGUGGGGUUUGCGGGCUAGACUGCGAGCAGUCUCUCUUUUUCUUCAGAUUUAGUGAGAGCAAUGCACGCGCGCGGGAGCGGCGAAGCCGCGAGACGCGCGAACGAGUCGCGCGCGUGGCCAUUUACGUGUCUUGCGUUUUGCUCGACGGACUACAGAAAAAAGAGAGACUGCUCGUAGUCUAUUUGCGGGCAAGCGUUUCCUUCUUUCCCCUCUCCCUCCCCUGUCAUUCCUUUCUUUUUUGUUCUCGUCCCAACUUUUCUCGACAAACUCACGCGGAAACACUUGCUACGCAGGCUACCGAUUACGAUGGACCCAAACUAUUCGUGGGUGGUUAAUUUCUUUUCUUGUGUAAACGCUUUUUUCUUCCAAUAAAUUUUCAUAGCCACUGGCCACGUGAGUGAAAUGCUUUUUUCACAGGAGCGAAGGAGGACGGUGACUAUGUGAACUUCUUUUCUUCAAUUCUUUUCUCGGUUGUAUCAGUCCAGGUUCUUACGGCUUACCGAUAACAUCCUCCUCGAAUAAAUCCUUUUUCUUUUCUUUCACAAAAAACUGACGAGGAAAAUGGGUAUCGAGGAACAAGAUUAUGAGGAAUGUUCAAUAUUUUUUCAUUAUUUUUUUUUAGGUUUAACCGUGACCUGAUCGUGUGAUUUCUAUGGAGUUUUGCUGGUUUGCAAUCUGUACCCUGUUGGCGUUCAUACCAUGGAUAUCAGCAGAAGAAAAGCUGUUGUAUCAAACACCAAAUGGGAAUCAUUGGGGAGGCUGGGAGGUUAUCACUGAUGGAUUAUCUUCUUUGAAUGUAAUUAAAGUAGUCCUUUUGUUAUUUUACUCAGUAUCCAUAAUAUAAGCAUCCCAUUUGUCAAAGAGCAGCUUUCUUAUGGUGGUCAUGCAGGGUGCAUCAUAGCGGAGCUCUCGCGCGCGAAGCACGCAGCGGGGCACCAUGGGUAAGAAAAUGUGGAAUACUACCCAUCCGAGAAAAUUUGGUAAUCACGUGACCGUACACCGACCGACCGCCCGACCGCCCGUCCGUCUGCACCACAUGCAUACCAAUGUUAAAUAAUUCAAUCAACAGGUAUGGCAACCCAAAUGCAAGUCAAGGUUUUAUUUGGAAAAAAAUCGCAUUGGCGCCCGGACUUUUAGAAAGAAAAAACAACAAUAAAUUCGUGUCUUUUUCGACAUUAUUUUUUAUGUUUACGCUCACGUGGAUAACAGAGAAAGAGCUAGAGCGAGUGAUUAAAAACAAAAGAGACGAAUUGUGUAGGGAGAAAAACAUGAAAAUUCAAAGCGGCGGUAAGACAAUGAGAAAUGCUAGUGGCCAGCAAGGUGAAAAUGAACGGCAGUGAAAAAUAAAAGCGAUCAUGAACACGGGAGACAAAAUUGGGUAAGCAGAUGCGACAAUUCCUCUAUAAAAAUAAUGUGUAACGAGGACGUUUGACGUUCUAGUCCUACAAAACAGCUUUGUAGUUGUGCAAGACAACAGCAAAGUAAGACAAAAAGCGUGCUGCACGUGCAAGUUUGUUUGUUUACUAAUUAGAUCUAUUGAUCUUGAUGCCAUUUUUAUUGCCGUCCCCGUUUAGCAUUACACGAUUUAAUUUUUUUCCUUUAUAAGCAUUAUUAACCAGAGCUUCGCUUUUAGCCCUGGCUAAAUCUAUAUAUUAUAUAGUUACCCUUCCUCACUCUCAAAGGACACCCCCGUAAGUCGGGCACCUGUCUUAAAGUACAACGGACUCUUAAGACCAUGUUUACAUGGAGUGGGGGACCCCGGUCUAGUGAGGUAGGUUUCUUUUGUUUUGUGUUCUCCAGAGCGUGAAAACAAAAGAAACCAACCCCACUAGACCGGGGUCCCCCACUCCGUGCAAAUAGGCCCUAAGUGAUGUUUUCUACAACCCCUAUGCCCGUGUUAUUUUACACUCAUUUGUGUUCUGAACUUCUAAUUUGCAUGUGCUGGACACCAUACUUUUGUUGUUUAUCAGUAAGCAAUUGACUUUUCGUACCUUAGUAUUAAAGUAUAUAUUUUUUUUUUAUCCGCUGACUAACAAGUUUGUCUCUUUCUUUGUUUAUUUUUAGUGGGAUUACAAACCAGUGUCCAAUCAUUUUACAUUGUGUAAUUCGUUUCUCCAAGAACAGAAAAAUUGGUUACGAAGUCCACUUAUUGAUGUUCACAGCAUUCAUCGAGUGACCGUUUCCGUCAAAUACACAAUAAAUCCCUUUUGUUCCAGUCAACCAUCCAACAGGUUUUGUACCGACAAUAUUGGAGUCUUUGUAUGGGAAUCCGAAUUAAAGGUCACAACUGAUUUGAUACCGGACCCCCUGACCAGCAACAGUUCUUACAGACAAAUUGCUACUAUCCGCCGUCCGGCUAGCGACCAGACCAUCUCUUUAGCACUUCAGCUAACAAAGGGAUAUAUUGUUCUUGGAUUUCUCGAUCAAGGUGGCUGCAAAAUUUUGUUUUCCGUCAGGAUUACUUAUAACGUUUGUCCCAGUACAACGCUCUCUAACAGUUUGGUCGAUUUACGGGAAACUGUAGCUCCACCAAGUGUCUUUGAGUCCAUCCUAGUGGAAGGAACAUGUGCUGAAAACUCUUUCCAUAUUCAGGGAAGUUUGAAUGUUACGUGUGAAAGCAGUGGUCAGUGGAAUGUCAGUCAGUUUGAAGGGAAAUGCGUCUGCAAGGAAGACAUGGAAAAUGUUGGAGGGACAUGUACAGGUAUGUUUAGAAAUCAAUACGAUCAUUAUAAUCCUCUUCAAGGCUGGUUUUACCUACUACUAGUAGAGUGGAAAGAUGCUUGUUAGUGACAUUUUUAUCACCAAUAUGCCAAUAUUCAUGGAUCGGUUUUUUUACUAUGGAUAAAUAAGCAUAAUUUAAAAACAAGGAAAAUGUUGGAGGGACAUGUACAGGUAUGGCAAGAUAUCGAUAUGGUAAAAAACUUCCUUUCAGAUUGGUCUUACCUGCUAGUUACUUGUGAUAGCGGGUAGUUAUAGGAUGACAGACAUAUCUUACCCUGCUUCGUAGACGUAAUCUAACUCCGGUUAGUAACGGAGAAUCGUUUCAAAUUUCCCUUCAAGCUGAUUGUAGAGGCUAGUCAUGUAAGGCGCGUACCCAAAUCCUGGUUCCACAGCUGGGGGCCCAGAACGAGAAUUUCGGCCCUGUUUCGCGGACAUACUUAACUAGAAGUUUAGUUCCGUCUUUGGCGAAGGCUAGGCAUAUGCUAGUUAAUGAUAUUUUUACCACCAAUAUUCAUUGGUGUUUCAUGGAAAUUUGAGCAUGCCUUCAAAAUUGAAGCUUUUGCGCUCUUAAAUUUAAAGCGGUCCUCGUUUGGACUUUUUAGUGGACAAGGAUAUCGGAGGGAAAAAAGUAAUGGCUCAUUCUAUUCCAACUGUGUAAAUGCCCGACAAAUGCCUGGAGGGAGUUGCGGGGGGCGGGGGAGGGGGGUGAGGGGAAGUUAUGGGCACGCCCGAGCCAUAGACUUAAAAAGAGGUAUAAGCUCUUAUAAACACUUAUCAAGAACGCAAACCACAGGUAACCCAGGCUCUGUGAUAGUACCACAGUACGGUUCCAGUAAAAUUACAGUGUUUGUAUGGGGUAAAAAUAUCAUCCUAAAAUUUCUAGGAAAUACUAAAUAAAGAUCAAUAAAACUUACUCUGCAGUUAAUUGUUGUUGUCCUUAUUGCUCCAACGAAGUUUCGUGAUAAUUUGCAGUAAUUUGUUUAAAUUCACUCUAUCUACAAUAAUAAUAUACAAGGUAGGAAACACGAGGUGCCAUUUUCGCCGACAUGCUCUCAUUCAACACAACUUUUUCCACGAAAUUCGAACUCCAACGGAAAAUAAACAUGCCAGGAUCGUAGAAAUAGGAUAGCAGCAGAUAUAGAAACCAAUGAAGCUUUCCCAGAUAGAGAAACGAAUCCCACAGACUUUGACAAACUCGAAGAAUAUAAUCCAAACAGACGGAGAAUAUGCUCGCCGAAGCAGCCGGGCCAGAUCAACACGCGGCCAAGAAAAUGAGGCCUGGUACUGUACAAAAAAAAAUCAUCCCCGCGGGAGUCCUGAGGUGACCUUUCUGGGCACUGAUACAUCAUUUGCCCAAAGCCACCCUACCCUGCUGGAAAAAUACUUAAUAGAAGGCAAGUAACAUUUUUCAACCACAAAUUUAUAAUGCGCGUAAUUAAGUGCACUUCCGUGUAUGAACUGUCACAUAGUAUAGCUAAAUGAUUGUGUCAAUAAAACUACCAGUAAUUGGCAGGGGAAAGUGAACCUUCAUUAUUUUUUUUAAAAUGAAUAUACCACUCCAUUCUAGGUUGACUUAAAAAUUCCGCUCUUGCCGUCCGACUCACGUAAGCGACCACGAAGCCUUUGCAUUUUGGGUGGUCGCUUACGGGAGGUUCGACUGUAUGUAUAUAAACAUCCUUUUAAAUUAUAAUUACUAUUUUUCCUUUAUUUCAGCCUGUUCACAGGGUACUUACAACGACGCAAAGGGGCUUAACUGUACCGGUGUGUAAUCAGUUAUUUUUUUUUCUUUUUUAUGAGCACUCUUCGUUCUGCUAUUUUAAUGUGAUUCCGAAAUCAUACUGGUCAUUCAACAUUUACGGCAAUGAUCAAUCAAUCAAUCAAUCAAUCAAUCAAUCAAUCAAUCAAUCAAUCAAUCAAUCAGUCAACCAACCAACCAACUCAGUAACCAACCAAUGAAUCGACCGAUGUGUAUACAAUUAGUCCAUUAAAAAAGUUAAUCAAUUGAAUCACUCAUGUCAAUAGUUUCGUACAUGUAAGAGGCGAAUCCUAAGAAUGAGCAAAAGAUUAAAGUUAUAAAUAAAAUAAAACAUUUUUUAACUUAAUUAUUGGCGGAACAAAAUCUCUUUAUUGUGUUUUUUCUUUUCUUUUCUUAUUUAGCCAUCCCAUCGCACCCGAGAAAUGUUGUUACACUUUUUGUUAACCAAACGUCAGCUACGAUAAACUGGAUGCCUCCUAAUAUAACUGGUGACCAAGUAUUCUACGAAGUCGAAUGUCAGCGCACUUGCGAAAUUGAUGGCGAGGACUGUACUAAAGAAAUCUGUGGUGUUGAUAACAAUGCAGGGUUCGUAUUUAUGAAUAAAAGUUACGCCACUACAAUGACGAUUCCGGGGACAACAGGUUUGCUUUCCCCGUUUACGAACUACACUUGCAAGAUCGUGGCUAAGAACAGAGUCAGUGAGGUAGCCGCAAGAAAACACAGGGUCGAAGCAACAAGCACCACAAUAACAUUCAAAACAAACGGAUCUGGUAAUUCAAUGGCCUUGUUUAAUUUUGAUAACAGAAAUCUAUAGGUUACUAGUGUAACCGUCACGUCUUUCUUUCUAGACUGUUAAUUGGUUGUAAAGAUAAUAAUUAAAGAUCAGAGUUAUUCUGAACGUUCGUAUGGGUAUACAGAUAUACGUGGAUUUGGAUAUCGGUGAAGGCCUAACGCAUAUUAACGGGGGGUGUCUUUUCACUAGAAAAAUUAGUCUCUUCGUAACAUAGAAGACACCUUGUAAGGCUCUCCCACGGUAUUCCAGUGGGCAGACUACCGCCUGUUGUACGUGGGGUACACAAUAGGAUCGAAUCCAAUUGGUUCCUCAUUUUGUUGCACUUUUUUCCUUAAACCUAAACGCUUAUUUUUAAUUCAGUGUGUAGAAAUAUGCUAAGGUUUAACCAUUCUUGUUGAUUGGCGUUUUUUAACUUAAAAAUGAAAGAUGGAAUCUUAGUCUCCUCUCCUAGAUUAUGCAUAUUGAAAGCGGAGGGAUGGGUUCUUAUGAUGUUACUAACGUGGGAUUCAUGAGGAAAAGAUACAAAAGAUGUCUCGUUGCUUCUUAAAGCUUCGUUUUAUCUUCCUCUUUUUUUUGUGAUGUCGCCUGUUAACAACUAUCCAUACUUGCGUUUUUCGUGACAGUUCCUGGCAGACCGGAAGUGUCUGUACGGCAAGCCGAAGAUGGUGCUAUCGUAUUGUCAUGGAAACUAAAAUGCAAAAAUGGCAUAAUAGAAAAAUACAUGGUGACGUACUUUGACGUGGAUGACACUUCUGACCAUGAAAGAUCGACAACCUCAGAGACAGAACAACGGAUUCAAAAAUUAAGUGCCGGAAAAACGUACCAGUUCCGGGUAAGUUGUUUUCUUUCUAACCAUCGCGCUGUAACAGAACCUGGAACUGAUUUACUGAAUAUUACUAUUGAUUUAUUGACGAACUGACAUCAUCAUCAUCAUCAUCAUCAGCAGCAGCAGCAGCAGAAGCAGCAGUAGCACAAGCAUCAAUAUCUCUUUUGAUACAUAUUGCGCCUGUCAAGCUUUGAACCGGCGACAUCUCGCUUGGCAGAUUGACGCUUAUCCAAUUGAGCUAAGCGGGCGGUGUUGGGUCGAACUCCUGACCGUCUGACUGGUUAUUUGUUUCAGGCUUUGACAGCCUUUGAACUAUUUGCGGCCUGGUUACUGACUGGGUAAGCUAUGGUGGCUACGUUCUUUUAAAGGCACGUCAAGUCAACCAAAUGUCUCAGCGAUUUGCUUUUUUGUAUUAUUUUUGUAGGUAACUGCCGUCAACAACUUCGGACAAGGGCUGUCUGGCGUUAAGACAUUUACAAUCCCAAACAGUUUUUCUGGUAAUGUUAAUUAUUCAACUUUUGUUGAAGUGACAUUGAAUCUGUUCAACUCACUUUUUAAAAAUAUUCUCGGCAACACAUUGAACAAAAUUUCCGGUCAUCAUCUACUUUUAGCGCUUUUAGGGUUUGGCGUUUGUCGAGGCUCGGGCCAAUUUGGAGGUCUGCUCUUACCUAUAAAGAGGAAAUAAAAACGGAAAUAUCCCCCCAGUUCUAGUAUUGCCGGUUGUAACAUUUCAAUUGUCAUUGUGCAGAGUUUCUUGUACCUCUAUUCUGGAGAUACGUUGAUGAAAGUGCUAAUUUCUAGUAAUCAAUGUCGUCAACGCUUUAAAUAAUUUAGGAAGUAGUCUAUCAACCAAGGACAAGAUGGUGAUUAUUGGCGCAGCAGGAGGAGGAGGCUUGCUGUUACUUAUCCUCAUUAUCGUCAUCGUUGUCGUCUUUCGCUUCAGAAGGUACUAAGUUUGUUGAUAAUUUCUAUAAGAAUUUUGUAAAGAUAAAUCUCUGAUUUUCCUUACUUCUUAGAACUUAACGUGAAGUCACAUGAUUACUGGAGUGUUACGGAAGCUUCUAUCUGCCUGUCACUCGCAUUGCCUAUCACUCCGCCAUUGGUCCAGUAGAUUCUGUGGAAUGCAAUUCUAUGGUUUCACUAACUGCAAUACCUCUUCAACAGCAUUUUCACAUGACCCUGUAUAUUUAUAGAUUUAUUUAUUUACAUUUUACGGUUUAUUUAUGUGCUAUGUGUUUUUCCCUCUUUUUUCCAUGGUGUGACCAAUAAAUUGAAACCGCUACGGACUCAGUUGCAUCGUGCCGCUUUUUUCUCUUAUUCUGCUUGGAGAAAUUUAAGAUUUUUAUUGAACUUUUAUUAAUUACGCUCAUGGUUAAAUUGUUUUAUGGGUGAUGAUCUCUUGUAGGGAGGAAAGUCUUUUUAAUGUUCCUCUUCUUGUUAUUUCAGGGGCAGUCGAAGAAAUGUAGAGAAGGAAUAUAUGCGUACUAUAGAGCAAGGUAUGAACAAAUUAAAUAGUUGCCCUUCCCCACGCGUUACAUCUUAUUCAGUAGGGAGACUUAAGAUUAAUGUUUACGCCAAAGGGCAGACGUCAGGUUCAAGUUCAGAAUUUCUCAGAAUAGAAAAUAAGCAGAUAAAAACUGUCCAGAACAAUUCUUAUGUAUAAAACUACUUAUUUUUUAGUUGAAGUAAUAAACAGUUAACGAUAAUAAAGGGAAAACUUGGUCACGUGGUUCAAAUUCAUGUUUGCCGUUUGGCGUAAACGUGAACCUUCAUCUCUCUAGUUAUUGAGUUUCACGUAUACGGCAAACCGUCAGAUUCAAGUUGAGAAUUUCUCAAAAUAGGAAACGAGCAGAUAAAAACAGCUCAAAAAAAUUCUUAUGGAUUAAAAAAAAAUGAACGGUAAACGAUGAAGUAGUAAGUGAACAGUAAACGGCAGGUAAAGGGGAAAGUUGGUCACGUGGUACAAAUUCGCGUUUGCCGUUUGACGUAAACGUGAUGCUUAACCUCUCUAAUUACUCUUACUCAGCUACUUAAAUCAACUUCCGUUCCAACAGGAACUGAUCUACAAUCAAUGGAUCAGCGACGUUAUAUCGACCCAGGAAACUACCUUGAUCUAAUGGAAUUGCUGUCAACGUUUACAACAGAAAUCGAAAGAAGUAAAACAAAGCUCGAUAGACUUAUUGGGCAAGGUAAGCAUUUUUUUUUUCUGCAUUUUGGAUGAGAUUUUUUUCUUGUUGGUUUGUUUAUUUCUUUUUUUAUAUAUAUACCCUAUGAUCGGAAGCUACAUAUUGAAAAUUGUAUCAAAAUGUGAACUGCAAGAAGGUUGAAAAAUCCGGCAGGUUAAUGCUUUCUUCCGUCUUUGUCCUGCAUCUCGCUAGUGAGUAGACCAUGUGGAUGUAAUAGUCUUGUGCAGCUGGUGCUCUUGCUUCAUAAAGCCGAUUUUACUUUUUGCUUGACUGCUGGUUAGUUUUCUCGCCUCCGAUCUUCUUCAAUUUCUUACAGAAAUUUAUUCUAUGAUAGUGAUAUGAUGUCAUACAUGUAUCUCUUUCCUCUAAACACGUUAUUUUAUUGUGAAUUUGCUUUUAGUGCCUCAGUAUGUGACUGCUGCUUGCGUGACACCUACACUGACCGUUAGCUGGAUUUUAUUCAGUCGAAUUUAGUCUCAUGCAAGCUCAGUUUAUCGACCGCCCUUGUAAAUAACCAGCUCAGUACGGAACUUAAAUAUUGUUACUUUCAAUAUGAAACACCUGGUGCCAAAAUGUUCUUUAUCAUUAUUCUUGGAAAGUCCCUUAAUAAUAGUAAGGUAUUUACUUACUGUUUGUUUCUUUUCUCUUGCUAGGGGAAUUUGCUGAUGUCUACAAGGGAACACUGCAAACUGCGAAAGGAAAAGAAAUCGUGGCAAUCAAAGUGUUGAGAGUGAGUAUAACAUUGGGCUAUUACUUUCUUGCCCAGAAAUUUAUGCAUGCCAUUGAUUGUGAGUACCUAUUUGACCCACAUUUGUCUAAUGUUUAGUUAAGCAAGUCAAAAGCGCCUAUUCCAAGGCCUUUACAUUCUAGAAUUUUUACUUCUCUAGUUGAUUUUCAGUUUAAGGUACUAUUUUUUUUGUGCGUUUAGCCCGGCUCAAACGAGAAGAACCAGAAAGAUUUCCUGUCAGAAGCAUCUAUCAUGGGCCAGUUUGAUCACCCAAAUGUGAUUGCGCUGAAAGGAGUUGUUACGCAAAGUAGGUCUGCAGUGAUUUUCAAGGCAACAAUGAAUGAUUUUGAGGGGCACUGAACAUUUGGGGAAAAGCCAAGAAAUUUUUAUUUCUUUCUUUCUGUGUGACGUUUUGCGCGGCAUGCCCCUGUGCUGUACUUUUAGCAAAAUGUUUCUCUGCUACAGUUUAAGACGGAAUCCACCAGGGCAUUUAGUAAUUUUGAUUUUUAGUGGACAAUAACGUAAAGCAUAAUGCAUUCUUUCUUACAUUUUUCAAAGGCUAAAGAUGUAAUAAAUCUGUAGUAAUACGAAAAAAAAAUUCUUAUGGGAGCCCGAGAAAAUGAAUGUCAAAUUUCACAAAAUUACAUCUGACACAUGAAAUUUUUAGAAUUUCACCCGUAUAACCACAAUUCUUGUGGAAAAGUUACUUUGGUGUUACUACAGAUGAUUUAUUACAUCUUUAGCUCUUGAAAAAUGUAAAAAAGACUGCAGUAUGCUUUAAACUAUUCUGGUACAAGAUGGUUUUCCACUGAAAACUAAAAUUACUCAAUUUCCUGAUGGAUUCCUAUUAACCCUUUAGGCCUAAUAUUCCCAUAAAAAUUCUCUACAAUGAUCUCCAUAGAUUCCUUAAAGAAUGGUUGACAGAAUUUAAUAAAAGGUUAAAGCAUUCUCCAUAUGGUGAUCAUUUUGCUGAUUAUCAUAACGUUUCUUUUGGUUAUGUGUUGAUAUUAUUUGGAGAAAAUUGAUGUUACCCACACUUAGGAGUUCAAAGGUUAACCUUGUGACACGCUUCUCCCAGUCUUACUGAGAUGCUGCGUGUGAGGAAUUUUGCAAGGUCAACUCUCGACCUUAAUUGUUUGCAAAUUAUAGCGUGGACACACGACCUUUUCUUUUCUUGUUUUUUUUUUUUUUUGAAGUUGCUUUAAGAUGCUUCCUACAUUCUUACACAAUACAUCUCUCUCAUUUUAGGUAGACCAAUGAUGAUACUAACAGAGUUUCUCGAGAGUGGUUCAUUGGAUAAUUUUUUGAAAGUACGUUUUAUGACUAGUAUGUUCAUAAUUUUCAUGGAAUGACGUUAACUCUCAAGGACACCGCAUUUUUAAAGCUGCGUUAUAGCGAAGCCGAAACUUGUUUGUCUGUAUUCAGUAACUUUAUUUAUUCAUUUAUUUCUGAUUAUCAAAUGUUUUAACUUCUUCCUGUGACUUUACGUUUUGCUGUUUUUACUUAUGCCAUAAGUGUCUUUCGAUUUUGUUUAGCUAUCAGAUUUUCUGCAAAUUGUUACAGACUAGUAUUGCAGUUAUUAAAUAUGUUGCAUCUUUAUUUGUCCAUAGGGUCGCAAUGGCCAAAUUUCCGCUAUUCAGUUGUUGGGAAUGGCUAGAGGCGUGGCAAAUGGAAUGGUCUAUCUUUCAGAGAUGAACUUUAUUCACCGGGUAGGCAAACUAACGCAAAUCCUUUACAUGUGGAAACUAUUCCUGAGGGAUAGAAGAAGGGCCGAUUAUUAGAAAACCAGCUGAAUGACGGAUGAAGGGACACCCCUGCUCUGUUAUUUGAUCUACAUAAGGAUAGCCGGGUCUCAACGUUAGGCUUGUGAGCAAAAUGGAAAUAGAAUAAGGUUAAGCGUUGCGUCAUGUUCCUCAGUUACUUCAAAACCUUGGAAAUUGGACUUUCCUCAGGGCAGAGAGCCCCCGGCAUCCUGCCCUGCAGACCAGCGCUAUAUCAUCAGAGAAAACCCUGCCAUGAUUACUAAUUUGCAAAAGGACUGGAAAGCAGUCGUAUCGACCACAUUUCUCUUUCGCCAAGACCAUUCCCUCCCCUGAUUUUUUUCUGCUUUAGACCAAACCAUAAUAAAUGAUGGGUUCUCUUCUUAACUUUUUGUUAUAAAGCAGCUAUAGUUACAUAUUUUCACCCACUUGUCCUUCGUGCUGAUUUCUUUUACACCAGGACCUCGCCGCUCGUAACAUUCUUGUUGGUGAGAAUAUGUCUUGUAAAGUAUCUGAUUUUGGCCUUUCAAGGGAACUGGCUGAUGACAAGCCUGAUUCAGAAUAUGAGACACAGGUAAAACAAUUUGAUCUUCGUUUUGUGUUUCGCGGACUUAAGCAGCCUUUUGAUUCUUUGCUGGACCUUUAACAUUUCCAUUCCCAGAGGACAUUUUGUAAAAAAGCGGUUCUCACCUUUUUAAAUAGUUUCUAAAUAAAAUCCAGCGGUAUUAUAUUUUAAAUGAAUUUUCUUUUCCUGUAGUUUAACAUGGUACAAUUUGUUUUUCGGCAUUUAACAAAAUGAAUUUUGGAGGCUGUAUCGAAUUCGAAGCUUAUUUGUAAAUUGCCAUAAAAUGACUGUGCGGCUUUCAUUUCUUUUAGGGAGGCAAAAUUCCAGUGCGCUGGACCGCACCGGAAGCUCUUCAGCACCGGAAGUUCAGCUCAGCAAGUGAUGUGUGGAGUUAUGGUAUCCUUCUCUGGGAGAUAAUGUCAUUCGCCGAGAGACCAUACUGGGACUGGAACAACUAUGAUGUGAGUGUCAAAUGAGAUUAAGGGUUUCACUGAAGAUGGGACAAAUUGAUUGGAUUUCCAUGACAGGAAACCCAAGUCAAUUGAUCUAUCUUCAUUACAAUAAUUUUUGACAGACAACCGGUUCAGUUCAACCUCUAACCUUGUGUGACAAAACUUCUUAUUAUUUUUACUUAUAACCCUUCAGUAUAACCCCUACAGCCGAAAAAAUAGUCUCCCUACUCUUGUAUGGUACUGGGGCGCUUGAGUGCUGAAGCAUAAACUUUUUUAAUUUUCUUGGGUUUCAAAGUAAUAUAUAUUUUUUAUUUAUAUAUUAUUAUUAUUAUUAUUAUUAUUAUUAUUAUUAUUAUUAUUAUUAUUAUUAUCAUCAUCAUCAUUAGCAUUAUUAUAUUUAUUACUAUUACUAUUACUAUUACUAUUAUUGUUUUUUGUUCGUUUUCGUUUGUUUUUUUCUUUGUACUUAAGGUAUGGGCCAUGUUUACUUAGGAUUGUUUUUAUAAUGAAGAAAAUGAUUCUUGUCGUUGACUCUCUUGAUUGGUGAUAUUACUGUAAUAAACCAACAGUGUUUGCCUUAUUUACAAGAUUUUUUUUUUCUUUUUUUUUUUUUUAAUUGGAGAAAUGCCAUCUUUCCUAUCCCGGUGGAGAAAAAAAUAAAACCCAUCCGAACUUUUUUGGUUUGCUUUUACUUUCACAAAGGUGAUUGGCCGAGUGGAAACGGGAUAUCGCCUUCCACCUCCCACGGUAAGUUUUGUUGGGGUUGUUGUUGCUUAGUUACGGUAUGUACCUGUUUUUACCGGACAUUGACUUAUGGAAAUAUCAAUUGACAGGCGAAUAUUUGUUUACAUUUAGUGCCUUAUUAGCAUAUGCCAUUUCUUCUCUGAUGGAACUAUGAAAGAAACUCUCUGAAUAUCGAAAGAGCAUAACAAUUUCAGUUAUCUGUGAAAAUCUGAGGCCGAUAUACCGAAUAGUUUCGUUUUUGCCACUCAGCAAUUUUGCAGUUUUUGAUGGUUGCUGUUUUACAAUGAUAAUUAUAAUAAUUAUUAUUAUUAUUAUUUAUUUGUUAUUGUUUGCAAAGCAUUGCACAAAUUUCUCAAAUAAACCAACUCUUUCAACUUAAUGAAUAUAUAUUUUUGGUGCAUACGGCGACACCUUUUAUGGGUCAGCUCAUAUGCUAAUAAGGAAAACAAUGACGUCAGCAAAGAUUCGUCUAUUCGUUGGUGACUGGAAAUUUUUAGCUCCCACCAAAAAUGUAAAGGCAUGAUUGCACCCAGCAAAACUUGUCGCAAGCAAUUGCCAACUUAAAUGUUCUGCCAAGCAAAGUAAUAAUAACCACUGUUUGAACGUAACAAUAUUCCGAAUAAAAUCUGCUAACACUGACAAAGAGAAUGCCGAUCGACGUACAGUCAUAUUCAAAGUCCUUAUUCGCCAUUUUUGUUUUUUUCGUGUUAUUAAAUCGCUUCUCAAUUCACAAGUGAACUGAAUCAAUCCAGUGGUGAAUAUUAAUAUUAGAAUUGAGACAGGUCAAUCCUAAUCAUUUGAAUAACUCAAAUUUUUCAUAGCGGUUCGAGUUAGUAGUGGUUUUAUAUAUACGAGCCUUAAAAUAUUAGAAUUGUUUUUAAAAUUAUACUGUGAUAUUGGAAUUGGUAUGAUUGUUAUGUUGCUGCAAUAUAAUUGUAAGGAAUUUAAAGAUAUUAACCAGAGUACACAAGCAUGUAAUGCAUGUAAUUCGAGUUCCCCAGCAAGAAUCGAUGGAAAGUUCCUUGACUAAGCGCAGGCCUAUGCCCUAUCAUAUAGUCACUCGCCCGUAAUUCAGUGAAUAGUUAGAGCGUCCAACCGGUGAUUGAAAGGUCGUGCAUUGGAUUCUUUUGCUUGUUCUAAUUCCAGCAACAACUACAAAACAACAAUAACUUAAAAUGAUAUGUCUUGUUUUCUAGUUGUAAAUUUCUUUUUCGUAUUUGUUGUUGUUGUUGUUGCUUAGGGUUGUCCAAAAGUUGUCCACGGAUUAAUGCUGGAAUGUUGGGAAGCCGACAAGAACAAGAGACCCAAAUUUGCAGAAAUCGUCCGUCGCUUAGAUGAAUUGUUCCGUUUCCCUGAAGUUUUAAAUGAUGACUUAUUGGCUGUGAAAGCAACGUAAGUUUUUUCUUAAAACAAGUAGUUAAAUUUAAUGUAUGUUAUUAGAUUUUUUGAAAGUAAAUUGCAGUAUUCAACAUGCACAACUAGAUAUAUAAAGUGUUCUUACACAAUUGGCCAGCAUCUAUGCAAGAUUAUUAGUAAGAACCAUAGAAGGCUUUUACACAGGACUUCUUUGGGACAACAAUGUGACCGUCGUUUUAUAGUGUUAGGACUGGGACGUCAUCCGUAGCCAAGGCACAUAAAAAGUAGUUCCACAACUUAUAAACCAUGGAGAUUAACCAGAAAAGUAAUUGAAGCCUAUGUACUGUUUUCUUUCAGGUCAGAAAAACCUGAUGUUCCACAGUUCCGGUCUGUUCACGAGUGGCUGAAAUUCAUCAACAUGGACAAGUAUUCAGAAGUUUUCAAAGCUGCAAAUAUCAAGAGCCUCCAAAAAGUUAUUCGGCUGGACGAUACGAAAUUAAAAGGCAUGGGAAUUACCCUGAUUGGACAUAGGAAUAAGAUGCUCAAGAGCAUAAGAUCCAUGAAAUCACAAUUUGUUAACAGGGCACUGGACGACGAUGAAGCUGCAAUAUAG